AUGAUCGAGCGAUUUGUGUGGUGGAAUGAAGAGAUGGGUGAUUGGCAACUGAAGUGUAUCGCAUACACUGGAAAUAAUAUGCGCGCUCGUAAUCCUCUCCCAACACCUGUCUAUAAGGUGGAAAAUCCACAAAUGCGAAAUUUGUUUCUGUCGUAUGCUGAUGAAAUUGGGCAAAAUGUGCAGAUAGAACCAAGAAGUGCGGCGAAAGUACGAUUAAAAUCGGCGAAACGGUUAGUGAUUUGA